AUGUCUGGUCCAGGUGGGGUUGGUGGACCACCAGGUGCAGGACCUGGAAUGCCACCUCCGUUGGGUCCACCUGGUCCUGAUCCUGUAUCCAUGCGACCGCGUCCAUCGGGCCCACCGUUAAUCCCGGGAGGUGGAAUUCCGCCCGGUGCUGGUCCCGGGCUUCAAGGUCCUUCUCCUCACCAUCCCUCUAUGCGGUUUCACCAAGCGGGUGCUGGAGGUUACCCUGGCCUUCCUGUGGGUGGCGGAAUGAUUCCACCCCAUGCAAAUUUGCUUCCUGGUGCUGGACCACCUCAUCCAAUGCAUGGUGGCCCGAUGUUACCACAACAUCAUCACCAUCCUCCUGGGGCAAUGAUCGGGCAUCCGCGUCCGCGGUGGAUGGGUCCGUCCGUACCGCAACAGGGCCAGUCUCAGCCUGGUGGUCCCCCUGGACCUCCACCUCAAGGAGGCGCAGGAGGCGGAGGCCCUCCAAUAGUCUGCUCCGGCUCAGCAGGUCCGAAUUCCGUUUCAUCCGCAGGUCCCGGAAGCGUCGGUCCAGUUUCCGGUGGAGGUGCGGGUGCCGCAGGUGGUGGUGGCGGUAUUGUCCAAAGCCCUGGUCAUCCAGGAACGCCCAACCAACACGUACCACCGCAACACUUAGCUGCUCCGAGUCCUAUCAAUAAUCAGAACAAUUGCCAACCUGGUGAGCAUCCAGGGUCUGGAGGUAGUCUUCCUCCCGGACAUCCACAUCACCCUACACCACCACAUUACGUGGUUGGCCAACCACCACAACAACAAACUCCCCCUGCCUCAUCCAAUGCUUGCUUGCCACCAGAGUACAAUACUCGACCAUCUCCGCAUCUUGUAUUUAGUGGCGGACCCGGCUCUACGCCCGACAGUAACAUGUUCGGUGCUGGACCGGGCGGUGCUGAUUCUGGGAUGAUGAACGGUGGAGCCAACAACAAUAGCGGUGGCGGUGGUGCAGGCGGUGGAGGCGGUGGCCAGCUUCCUCCUCGUAGUAGCGGGAUGAUGCCCCCACCGCCGCCAGACUACGGAGGCAUGCCUGCUGUUUCCGGUGGCUAUCCCCAAGGGCCAGAUCUAAAAGCAUCCCCGCUUCAUGGUGGCCCAGGGAUGGGAUCAGAUAUGAUGAGUUCGUCUGGUGGGCCUCCUCCUCUCAUGCCAUCCGAAUAUUCAUCAGGGAACGGUCCCGGGGGUAAUGGAGGCGGACCUGGUGGUGUAGGAUUUGGCGGAGGACCACCUCCGGAUACUGUAAUGAUGAUGCCCCCACCUCCACAUCAACAAGCCGGUGUACUUCAGCAACAAUCGCAACAACAUUUAGUUAGCGCCGGGGGACCUCAGGGACAAGCUCCACCACCUCCGCCUCAGUACGUACCUUCAGGUACACAACACUCUAAUUCGACUGGUGGCUCAAACUCUAUGCAACAGUCUGUUUGCGGUGGCGGCGGUGGUAGCGGUGGGAGUGGCGGAGGAUCCAAUCCCAGUCCUGCAGGUGGCCCCGGUUCCGUGCAGUUUCCCAAUAUUCGUUUGGACAGUUGUCGUGAAACUCGCCCCUGUGCCCCUAUCCAUCUGAAGACGUCUGUGGUAAUUAUCCCCGUUCGGACUGAUACACGGGCCAAUGGAUAUCCACACGGACCAUUGUUCUUAUGCAUUUAUGAGUGGGUUCGUCUGGUUCACUCUGCCCACAGCUACCGAGUGCACUUACCUACGUNCAAUUUCCGACUGCCACAAAUCACCCGUUAUUGCCGACCACGUUUGUCUACUUCCGUUCGACAAGAGAAAGUUCGUUUCUCAGGACCGUGA